GUCGGCUAAAACGCCGGUGGGGUUGCAAGACUUGCAAGUGCCGAAAUAUUCGCAUCAAGAUUGUGCAUAAAGUACCAUCAGCAUGGCAAGUGAGAAAAAACGGAAAAGAGUUAUUCCCCCUGAGGAGCGCGCUAUCAUCGCUAAAGUUUUCCAUUUUCUUAAAGACGAAUAUAUAUUCACGGAACUUUAUAAAGAACCACAUUGUAAUUUCUCACAUUUGCGCAACAUAUCCAAGCGAACCGCGGAAAUAGCGGGCACAAGUACAAGAACAGUAAAUAAAAUAUUACAAGAAGAAAGACAGCUUCCCAGUGGAUCUACUAAAUUUCCAGCACCAUUCAAAAACAGACAAAAAAGACCCGGUAAAAUAGAUAUCAACGAACGUAUAGCUUAUACCAUACGAAGCUCAAUACGUAAUUCUUAUUUUAAACUUAAACAAAUACCGACAUUAAAAAAAGUGAGACAGACCUUAAAUGAACAAAUCGGUAUUGAUGCCUGCCUAGUAACGAUUCGUAAGUUAUUAUUGAAACUGGGCUACAGGUGGACUAAGUCAGACACUGGUAGAAAAGUUUUGAUUGAGCGACAUAACGUCCAAAUGUGCAGAUUGCAAUAUUUGAAAAAAAUUACUGAAUACCGCUCCCAAGGUCGGCCUAUUGUCUAUACUGAUGAAAGUUUCGUCACGACGAAAAAUGUUAAAUGUGGCUCACGAGCCCCACACGUAGCUAGGUAUAUUUUAACACACGCUGGAACUUCAGAUGGGUUCAUUGAGAACGCUUGUUUACUUUACCAAGCUAAUACACUUAGCGGAGAUGAGUAUGCGAAGAAGAACUUUGAAUUUUACCAAAAAUGGCUAGAUGAAAAAUUACUACCAAACUUACCGGACGGUUCUGUGAUAGUGUUAGACAACACAUCAUUCGAUAAUAUUUUCGUGGAGACACUGCCGACGAUGCAUGCAGAUAAAUCUCAAAUGGAAGCAUGGCUGUCGUCCAAGAACAUACCCUUCGAAGCAAACUUAUGCCAAAUUGAGUUAUACGACUUAAUAAGGCAGCAAAAAAGCGCAUUUACAACAUACAAAAUCGAUACCUACAUAAAGAGUAAAGGAUUCGAAGUACUGCGCCUGCCUCCGCACCACCCAGAACUCAACGCAAUAUUCAACAUAUGGGACACCGUUAAAAACGACAUCGUUACGGUCGACCAUGAUGUAGCUUACACGGAAAAAAUUAUUCGCCACGGUUUUGAAAAAAUAACUUGUGAAACAUGGCGCAAUACCUGCGACACAGUAAUUAAGAAAGAAAAUGAAUAUUUGGAGUACUUUGACACUGGCUUUGUAUACAUAGCCAAUUUGCAAGACGAAAGUGAGGGCGAAAUGGAAUCUGACCCUAAAUCGGCUGAAUCUGAAAGUGAUGGUAGUGGCGACUUUGACGAUUCAACCUUCGUAGAAGAUGAGUAAUAAAAUAAAUACUUGAAUGAAA